AUGAAUUAAGUUAGAUAGUCUUACUACAUUCGAGAGAGUGCUAUUUCUACUUAACCGUAAGGAAAUAGUUUUGUGAAUUCUCGUAAUAAUAGUGGAGUAAAUAUUCAGCAUUAAGGUAGUCUUGGGUUAGGAACAUAAACGACAUAUAUAGCUAAUAAUAGUAUCUAAACAACAUAACCUCCUUAAGGUUAGACAUCUUCAAGCGUUAACCCUUAAUACCAUCAUUAAAAGUAGUAAAGCUAUGCUAGCAAUCAUAGCUUACCAAAAAAUUAAUACAUAAUUAAUCUUACUUAAGAUUCUUCUUUAAUGACUGUAGCAGACGCCAAUAAUUAAAGAAAAUCCCUUAGCAUUUUAACUACACAAUAAUCAUAGCUAAAAGAGCUAUUUAGAAACAAAGCCUAAACUCCUAAUCAUUAUCAUACAAAUUCAAUAUCUUAGCAAUCGAUAAAUGCCCCAUAUUUGAAAGACAACUAUCUUUUGAGAAAUAAUGAUAAUACCAAUUAAUCAAAUUAAUCAGGGUAUUUUUCAAGAAGCAAAAUUAACAAAAAUAAAUUUAUAUCAUUAGGAGAUAGUGAUCAAAAAAGAAGACAAAGCAGUACAUUAUUAGGUUAAAAUGUUUAAAACGAUUAUGUAAUUUCUGAUUAGAAAUAGCAUAGUAAUUUUUAUCAUAAAUAAGCAAGUAGUCAUUCUCAUAUUAAAGUGGUAGACUCAAAAAAUUCUAAUGAUUCUGAUAAAAAUUUUACUCCACAGUCAAAAGUUGAAACUAUUUCUAAAGAAUAAUCACGUCUUAUUUAACUAUAACAGAGCUAUAUAUAAAAACUGAAAAACAACAAAAUAGUCAAAUAAAAGAGUUACUAAUUUUAAAUAUUUACAAAUAUUGUUCAAAACUUUCUCUUAAAUGAAACUCUUAUCGAUCACACUGAUGCAUAGAUUAAAGAGUAGUUAAAUGAUUUACUGAUAGAAUAAUCUUAAUAAUAAGCUGCUUUAGAAUAAAGGGUAAAUACAGAGAGCAGUGCAAGUAAUUAAAUAUCAAAAUCAUCUCGCAAUAUCAUAGAUACUGAAUCCGAUACAGCCAAAAUAAAUGACAAUAAUUUUCUUAAAGUUUUACAGUAAGACAAUAAUUCUUAGUAGCAGAAUCAAAAUAGAAGACCAUCAAUAUUAUAAAUAAUGCAAUAAAAGUAUACACAUACGUAGUUAGAUUUUAAUUCAAGUAAUUAAGAAGAUACGAAAGCAAAAGUUUAAUUUAUAACUGAGCAAACCACAGAAGAUUAAACAACUUAAAAAUCAACAAUUAAAUAAGAUAAUAAUAAGUUAGUUAUAAAUGUUAUUAAUUCUUAAAAUGAAUUAGCUAAGCAUGAUUUUGCUAAUUCGACAAGAGCAAUAAAAAUUUAAUAAAACUAAAUAAAUAAUUCUAAAUCGGACUUAGAAUAAGAAGUAACUAGUCCUGCAGAUUUGAAAUAAAAGGAAGAUAUACUUAUGUUUCUAAUGGAUUUUCUAAAUAAGAUUGAACACUAGUUUUUAGAAGGUAUUAAUUGUAAAUAUUACCCUCAAGAGGAUUUUAUAAAGUAGUUAAUGAAAAAUCUGAUGGAGCUAAGCAACAAAAUUUGUCAUUAUUUAAUGCAAAGAAAAGAAAAAGUUGCCAGUAUUUUCAUCAAUACAAUUUUAAAAGUUUUCGCAUAAAUACUAGAAAAGCAAUAUCUAUAUGUAAAGGACUAAGUGAAACAGUUAGUUAAAAUAUAAGUUUAAGAGCAUAAUGAAAAGUUUAACUAUUAUGUAAAUAAAAAAAAAGAGUUAGAAGAUAAAAUAAGCUAAAUGUACAAAGAUCAAGAUAAAAUAGUUGUUGAAUUUCAAAAGAAAAUAGUGGCCAUGGAAGAAAUUAAGAAUCAAUAUUUAGAGCAAGCAGAAAUCCUAAGAGAGUAAAUUGAAGAAUCAAAAACUAAAAAGUAUAAAGAUUAUUAGCUUGAAAGGAUUCAAGUGCAAUCAAAAGAAGUAAUUAAAAAUUGCGCAUAAAUCGAGGCUGAAAUCUUAAAACGUAGAGAAGACACAAAGGAUUCAAUUUAAAAUUUAGCAAAAAUGACAAUGGAGCAUUUCAAUACAGUUAAAAAUGACCCACGAAGAAGAUCCUUAUUGGGAAAUUUAGGCUUUAGUGGUAUUAAUUAAUCUGAUUUGAUUCUGUAAGGAAGUAUGACACACUCAGAAAAUUAAUAAUCAUUUUCUGAGUUCAACUUGAUUACUUAUGCAGCUAAAUAUGAUAAACCAGAAACCAAAGCAGCAAUUUUAUUUGCUCAUCCAUUUUAAUUUUAUAUCCAAUAAGAUAUUCAUAAUUACAUGUAUGACAAAUUAAUUCCCAAACAAAGUAGGUCAGAAAUGAUUAAAUUACUUGAAAAUUAUAUGGAAGAAGUUACAAUAUUAAAAUAUGGAGGAAAUAAAAUAAAUGGGCCUUUAAAUUUCUUAUCAUGGAUUCUGUAGAAGCAUUAAAAUUUCUUUGUAGCUUCUAUUAAAAUCACUGAAAUAGCUUUUCUAUUGUAAAGUUUAGUUAAUAGCAAAAAAGAAAUUGGAAUUUAUUUUGCCACGAUAUUCGGUAUAGUUUAAGAUAAUAUGCUUUCUGACUCUUAAUUUGAGUUUAUGAUAUCUAUUAGAAAAAUGCUAAAGUUAUAUAUCCCAUGGUUAGACCAGUUAGAUACUUUAAAAGAAUAAGAGAUAAAUAAAAUGAUAGAUGAUCAAGUAUUUAUUCCUGCAAAAUAAGUUUUAGAAUCAUUCUAAACUGUAUUUAAGAAUCAUCCUUAAUACUCAAAAAUAGAAGAAAGAUUUUAAAUAUUUUUGAAAACAAGAAAAGUCUAAAUCAAUCAAAGAGCUAUACAAGAACAAAGAAAAAUCAUUAACUCUAAGUUUGGUGAAUCUUCUCUUACAUUAAUUCCUAAUCUUAUGGAAAAAAUGAAAACUGAGAAUAUCAACGACGUUAUACGAAGUCUUGAAAAUAUUUUUGCUAAACUCGAUUAAAAGUAAUAAGAAAAAGUUAACUACAAUAGCUUCAAGAAAUUAAUGUAUAAUCACUAUGGUGUAGAUACAGAAAAUGAAUCUAUUUCAGAGUAUUUUUCUGAAUUUAUUUUUGGUGAAUGGUUUAAUUACUAAGGAUUUAUUCAAAAAGUCAUUAAACUACAUGUUCCUGAUGAUGUAAAUGAUAAAUUGAUUAGCUAUUAUAGUACAAUGAAUGAAAUUUGCAAUCUACUUAUGCAUAACUAAAAUUAAUCAUUCCAUGAAUUUAAAAACAGAUUAAGCAAUUAUUUAUUCAACAUGGAGUCCCUCAACUUUUUCUAAUAUAAUACGAUUGAUGAAUUUUUCAAAAGCUACGAAAAUUCAAAAGAUGAUCAGCUUAAAUUUAAUACUAAGCGUAUUUCUCCUGCGUUACUGUACUAAUAGCUCUUCAAAUAAAAUGAGUUUGGUUAGCUGUACCAGUACUUCAAGCAAUCAGGGAGCGUAGAUGAUGAAAAUUGCGAAUUUAUUAAAAGAUUAUAUCCUCAAAGAAUUUUAUUAGAUAACUUCAAUGAAUUCCUUGAUUACAAUAGGCAUAUUUAUUAGUUUUUAUCUGUUUAAGAAAAAAUUUAAAUUGUUUAGGCACCAACUCCUAGCGAAACUUCAAUUUAAUAUUUUAAUUAACCUACCAAAUCCAACAAUAAUCUUAAAAGGUUAAAUACCAUAAAUAAAAUAAAAGCAGCCAAGCUAUCUAAAUUUACUUCAUAAAGUAGUAAUGUAAGCAGCAAAUCAAACUCAAAUUAACCACAAUAUUAAGCAAGCAGAAAGUCAUAAUUUAAUUUGCAGCAAUUAACGAAAUCAAACACUCUAAUAAAAUAAGAUACUAUUUAAUUGGAAAGAUCAGACUCUAAAGAGUCUUCUGUAAGUAUUGCUACUCCUGCUAGUGCAAGCAAGAAAUCUAUUUUCUCAGGAGUUUGA